GGUUGUCAGUUCUCCGAACCUCGUGGCACCUCCGCGGUCGCCUCUGGAUGCCCCAUCACCCCGCUGGAUCCUCCGAUUGCAGGCUUUUCCUCCAAAGCCGCGCUGACCCUGCCUUUUCCUCAUUUGGUGACACGGGCCACGUCUUGAGUCGAAGUGUUACUGGAGAAGAGCUUAAGCCCAUAUAAGAAACAGGGGUAAAAUGCCAAAAAAAAAGACUGGCGCGAGGAAGAAGGCAGAGAACCGCCGGGAACGUGAGAAACAGCUCAGAGCAUCAAGAGGCACCAUAGAUUUAGCUAAACACCCAUGCAAUGCAUCAAUGGAAUGCGACAAGUGUCAGAGGAGGCAGAAGAACCGAGCCUUUUGCUAUUUUUGCAAUUCUGUGCAGAAGUUACCAAUUUGUGCGCAAUGUGGGAAAACAAAGUGCAUGAUGAAGUCUUCAGACUGUGUCAUAAAGCAUGCUGGUGUGUACAGUACUGGCCUCGCAAUGGUGGGUGCAAUAUGUGACUUCUGUGAAGCUUGGGUUUGCCACGGCAGGAAAUGUCUCAGUACACACGCCUGCGCCUGCCCUCUUACUGACGCUGAGUGUGUGGAGUGUGAGCGAGGCGUCUGGGACCACGGAGGCAGAAUAUUCAGUUGUUCUUUUUGUCAUAACUUUCUCUGUGAAGAUGAUCAAUUUGAACAUCAAGCCAGCUGUCAGGUCUUAGAGGCGGAAACAUUCAAAUGUGUUUCAUGCAAUCGACUUGGUCAGCAUUCCUGUCUCCGUUGUAAGGCUUGUUUCUGUGAUGAUCAUACAAGGAGCAAAGUGUUUAAGCAAGAAAAAGGAAAACAGCCUCCCUGCCCCAAAUGUGGACACGAAACUCAGGAAACUAAGGAUCUCAGCAUGUCAACACGCUCCCUGAAAUUUGGCAGGCAGACUGGAGGCGAAGAGGGAGAUGGAGCUUCUGGGUAUGAUGCCUAUUGGAAGAACCUUUCUUCCGAUAAGUAUGGUGAUAGCAGCUACCAUGACGAAGAGGAAGAGGAAGAUGAAGGAGAGGAUGAUGACGAGGAGGAAGAUGAAGCUGGAAAGGAUUCAGAUGCUGAGUCAGCAGAUUUAUUUACUAAUUUGAAUUUAGGAAGGACCUAUGCCAGUGGUUAUGCUCACUAUGAGGAACAAGACAACUAGGAGAGCAGCUUGCCCAUGGGUGACCGUGUCUGAGAGGAGCCAGAAUAUGUGUGUUCGCUGAAUUGGGUGUGGGUGUUCAGAAGUACUGUCACUUAGCCUUGUGCAGAAGAUUAGUCACACUCACGGGGGCAAGGAGUAGGGCAUAGCAUUUUUAUAGGAACUGAUAAUCAGGCUUAUAGUGUAAGAAAAAAUGAAUUCCGGAUGUGAGAUGUUUAUUGAUCCAAGCAAUUGAAGCAUCAUGGAUUGGAGUUUUACUGAUUUCAGUAAUCAGUAGGUUAUGCCAAUUAGAUACAUAUACAGGAUAAAAGAAUAGGGUGGUAAUAUAUUUGAUUGAAAUUAAAUUGCUGUUUUUAUUAAAAAAACACUGCUUAUAUUCAUUCUGUCUGAUUUUGUAAGAUGGUAAUGGGUAAAACAAAUUAUUGCAUUUUUUCUUUGUAGGUCGACAGGAUGAAAGUCAGAUGUUAAAUGCUGAAUUUUAAUUAAAUAUUCAUAUUAUCUUAAGUA